GUAAAGCGCGCUCGUUUCCGGUUAGCGACAGCCGCCGCGCCCGUCCCUGCCGGCCCUCCGGGAGCGCCUCCGCCGGAGCCUCGGCGUCUCCACGCGUCUUCCCCGCUCGGGCGCUUCGCGGGCGGCGCCCCCUCCGCCGUGGACCAUGUUCAAGAAGUUCGACGAGAAGGAGAACGUGUCCAACUGCAUCCAGCUGAAGACGUCCGUUAUCAAGGGGAUUAAGAACCAGCUGAUAGAGCAGUUUCCGGGCAUCGAGCCGUGGCUGAACCAGAUCCUGCCCAAGAAGGACCCGGUGAAGAUCGUGCGCUGCCACGAGCACAUCGAGAUCCUGACGGUCAACGGGGAGCUGCUGUUCUUCCGGCAGCGCGAGGGGCCUUUCUACCCGACGCUGCGGCUGCUGCACCGGUUCCCCUUCAUCCUGCCGCACCAGCAGGUGGACAAGGGCGCCAUCAAGUUUGUGCUCAGCGGGGCCAACAUCAUGUGCCCCGGCCUGACGUCCCCGGGCGCGCAGCUGUACCCCGCCGCGGUGGACACGGUGGUGGCCGUCAUGGCCGAGGGCAAGCAGCACGCGCUGUGCGUCGGCGUCAUGCGGAUGUCCGCCGAGGACAUCGAGAAGGUCAACAAGGGCAUCGGCAUCGAGAACAUCCACUACCUCAACGACGGGCUGUGGCACAUGAAGACGUACAAGUGAGCGCCCGGGGCGGCCCCGGGCCGGAGCCGGAGCCGGAGCCGGAGCCGGAGCCGGGGCUGGAGCCGGAGCCGGGGGCGCGGGGCUGCGUCUGCGUCUGUGUCCGCGUCGCGGCGUGAACGCGCGGAUGCUCGGGGAAGCGAAACCCAAGUAAAGAUUUGCAAGGAGC